AUUGCUGUUCACUUCCGACUCAGCACCACAGCGACGGAGCGUUCCUUCCCCUGGAUCGAUGAUCCUCCCCUUCAUCCAAACCUCAGCUCGCGCCGAGCCGGCCGCCCGGGCGCCGCUCCACGCAAUGCUCCCGCUCCUCCUGUCCGCCGUCUCCAUCCUCGCCGCCGCCGCGGCGUCCACCCAUCAUCCGCACCCGUUCGACCCCCUCUCCCCCGCGGAGCUCACCGCCGUGCGCGACGCCGUGCUCGCCUCGCCGCUGGUCCCGGCCCGCCCGCUCACCUUCCACUACGUCGGCCUCGACGAGCCCGACAAGCCCGACGUCCUGUCCUACGCCUACGGCAACUCCGCCUCCUCCUCCCGCGCCGCCCUGCCGCGCCGCGCCUUCGUCAUCGCGCGCGCCGGCGGGCAGUCCCACGAGCUCCGCGUCGAUGUCACCGACGCCGCCGCGCCGUCCGUGCUCGCGCACGCCGUCCACCGCGGGGCCGGCUUCCCGACGCUCACGCUGGACGAGCAGUUCGCGGCGGUGGCGCUGCCGCCCGCGCACCCGCCGUUCGUCGAGUCCGUGCGCCGCCGCGGCGUGGACAUGGCCGACGUCCUCUGCGCCGUGUUCCCCGUCGGGUGGUUCGGGGGUGACCCCCCGGCGGAGGAGCGGAGGGUGGUGAAGCUGCUGUGCUUCGUGGCCGGGGCGACGGCCAACUUCUACGCGCGGCCGCUGGAGGGCGUCACGCUCGUGGUGGACCUCGACCGGAUGGCCAUCGUCGGGUACAGGGACAGGGUGCUGCUCCCGGUGCCCAAGGCCGAGGGGACGGACUACCGGGCCGGCAAGGCCGGGCCGCCCUACGCCGGCCGCGCGCCGGCGCCCGGCACGGUGGUGCAGCCGGAGGGCAGGGGCUUCGACAUCGACGGCCACUUCGUCAGGUGGGCCAACUGGGAGUUCCACGUGGGCUUUGACGUGCGCGCCGGCACGGUCAUCUCACUCGCCUCCAUCCACGACGCCGAGGCCGGCGCGCGGCGGCGGGUGCUCUACCGCGGGUUCGUGUCGGAGGUCUUCGUGCCGUACAUGGACCCGGUGGAGGAGUGGUACUACCGCACGUUCCUGGACGCCGGCGAGUACGGCCUGGGGCUCUGGGCCUUCCCUCUCCAGCCCGGCGCCGACUGCCCGGCCAACGCCGCCUACCUGGACGGCUACUACGCCGGGCAGGACGGCAAGCCCGUCGAGAACAAGAACAUGAUCUGCGUCUUCGAGCGGUACGCCGGCGACGUCGCGUGGCGCCACACCGAGGCCGGCUUCCCCGACCGACUGAUCACGGAGGUCCGGCCUGACGUGAGCUUGGUUGUGAGGAUGGUGGUGUCGUGUGGGAACUACGAUUACAUUUUGGACUGGGAGUUCAAGACCAGCGGCUCCAUCAAAUUCACGGUGUCUCUGACCGGCCUGCUGGAGGUGAAGGGGACGGCCUACACGCACGCGGACCAGACCACGGAAGACGCGCACGGCACGCUGGUGGCGGAGAACGCGCUCGCCGUCUACCACGACCACUACGUCACGUACCACCUGGACCUCGACGUGGACGGCACCAACAACUCCUUCGUCAAGAACACCAUCGCCACCAAGCGCAACGAGGGCGGCACGCCGAGGAGGAGCUACUGGACGGUGCGCCGGGAGGUGGCCGAGACCGAGGCGGACGCGCAGGUGGACGUGAACGCCGCGCCGGCCGACCUGCUGGUCGUCAACCCCAACAAGCGGACCCGGAUGGGCAACGAGGUCGGUUACCGGGUCGUCCCAGGCGGCGCGACGGCGGCGUCGGUGCUGGACGACGACGACUUCCCGCAGAGGCGCGCCAGCUACUGCAAGAAGCAGGUGCGGGUGACGCCGUACAGCAAGGCGGAGAAGUGGGCGCCCGGGCUGUACGCCGACCAGAGCACCGGCGACGACGGCCUGGCCGCCUGGAGCAAGAGGGACAGGGGGGUGCGGAACGAGGACAUCGUGCUGUGGUACACGGUGGGCAUCCACCACAUACCCUACCAGGACGACUUCCCGGUCAUGCCGACGGUGGAAGACCUUGGCAAUCUGAUCAAGCUUUACGCGGACUGGCACUCUCGCUUGAUCCCUUACUACUCCUUCGAUCAGUUUGUGCGCAAAGCUGAGAAAGUUGGGGCCAGUAGCCGCGUUAGGAGAUGCAUUUCGGAAUUGAAGGAAAGGGUUGCCAGAGGGGGGGAUCCUACACUACUGCAUCAACCGCCAGUGGAAGAAGUCAUACCAGAGGGAGAACCUGAUGGAACCACACAAGAAGACCCAAUCCUGGGGACAGAAUCUCUGUCGACGGACAAUCAUGAGGAUGUGGACCCAUUUGCGAUGGAAAGUGAUGACGUGGAUCCCAUGCAAGAGGAUUUGCUAAAUGAAAUAUACGAAAAGACAGCCGAUGAACCUGUAAUAAGAUCUGGCGUUGAAAGCACUGAACAACCCGUGGCUCCAAAAGAGGCAGAGAAGCAUCAAGAUGGAGAGGAGAGUGGCGGGAGCAAGCCAAGCAAAGUUGAGCUGACGGAGGAGCAGAAGGCGCGCAUGGAGGCUAACAGGCUCAAGGCGCUGGAGAGAGCGGCAGCAGCUCGGGCUCGCGCAUCCCAGUCGCAGCCUACUACUGAAACCACUACCUAAAAGCGUUCAGGGUUUUGAAUCACUCCGCCUUGGAUGUUAAACUGUGUAAGAAGCAUAGGUGGUGUGUUUCCUUCAAGGGCCAAGGUGGUGUUCGUUGAAGUUGAGGUGGAAAACCCAGAAAACAUUUUACUUCCGCCGGUGUGGAAGUCGGUAAUCUGUUUGCCAGAAGAGUUGGAGUAUAUUGCUGUGCUGGUGGCGGUGGACAAGCUACACAAGAGAUUUUGGCCAAACAUGCACUAGCUGUUUGCUCGCAAUUUCCCAUGUGUCCUUACGCAUCUGUUAUGGCUCCUGAUUGCAGCCCUGGGACAUGCAGCAGGAAUUUAUGUAUGCAUACUUAGAUGUUAAUCGUACUAUUUGGUUUGUUCAUCUUA